AUGCCAGCAAUUAUGACAAUGUUAGCAGACCAUGCAUCUCGUCAGCUGCUUGAUUUCAGCCAAAAAUUGGAUAUCAACCUUUUAGACAGUGGGGUGAAUUGCUUAUACCAUGGAGAAGGAGCCCAGCAAAGAAUGGCUCAGGAAGUACUGACACAUUUAAAGGUGCAUCCUGAUGCGUGGACAAGAGUUGACACAAUUUUGGAAUUUUCACAGAAUAUGAACACGAAAGAAGAAAAGGGGUGUCUUCCUUAUUAUGGAGUACAAAUUUUGGAAAAUGUGAUAAAAACAAGGUGGAGGAUACUUCCCAGGAACCAGUGUGAAGGAAUAAAAAAAUACGUUGUUGGACUCAUUAUCAAGACAUCGUCUGACCCAACUUGUGUGGAGAAGGAGAAGGUGUAUAUCGGGAAAUUAAAUAUGAUUCUUGUCCAGAUACUGAAACAAGAAUGGCCCAAACACUGGCCAACUUUCAUCAGUGACAUUGUUGGAGCAAGUAGGACCAAUGAAAGUCUCUGUCAGAAUAAUAUGGUUAUUCUUAAACUCUUAAGAGAAGAAGUGUUUGAUUUCUCUAGUGGACAGAUAACACAAGUGAAAGCCAAGCAUUUGAAAGACAGCAUGUGUAAUGAGUUCUCACAAAUAUUUCAACUAUGUCAGUUUGUGAUGGAAAAUUCCCAAAAUGCUCCACUUGUGCAUGCCACCUUGGAAACAUUGCUCAGAUUUCUUAACUGGAUUCCACUGGGAUAUAUUUUUGAGACCAAGUUAAUCAGCACAUUAAUUUAUAAGUUCCUGAAUGUUCCAAUGUUUCGAAAUGUGUCUCUAAAGUGCCUCACUGAGAUUGCUGGUGUGAGUGUAAGCCAGUAUGAGGAACAAUUUGUAACUCUAUUUACACUGACAAUGAUGCAGCUAAAACAGAUGCUUCAUUUAAAUACUAAUAUUCGACUUGCAUAUUCAAAUGGAAAAGAUGAUGGACAGAACUUUAUUCAAAAUCUCAGUUUGUUUCUCUGCACAUUUCUUAACGAACACGGUUGACUUAUAGAAAAAAGAUUAAAUCUCAGGGAAAGGUUGAUGGAGGUCCUUCAUUAUAUGUUGUUGGUAUCAGAAGUAGAAGAAACUGAAAUCUUUAAGAUUUGUCUUGAGUACUGGAAUCAUUUGGCAGCUGAACUCUAUAGAGAAAGCCCCUUCUCUACAUCUGCCUCUCCGUUGCUAUCUGGAAGUCAGCAUUUUGAUGUUCCACCCAGGAGAUAACUCUAUUUGCCUGUGUUAUCCAAGGUCCGUUUAUUGAUGGUUAGUCAUAUGGCUAAACCAGAGGAAGUAUUGGUUGUAGAAAACGAUCAGGGAGAAGUUGUGAGAGAAUUUAUGAAGGAUACAGAUUCCAUAAAUUUAUAUAAGAAUAUGAGAGAA